CACAAUUACAAGUUUUUACUUCCGGUUUGAUAUCUUUUCAAAAGUCACGAAAUAUUUGAUGAAUAGACUCACAUAAAAGUAAAGUUUGAUAAAAUAAUGUAUUGAGUAGUGAAAUCAAAGCAAACUGUUGCCGCAAAUAUGUCUUUUUUUCGGAGACACUCUGAAAAAAAGAAAAAGGAGAAAACAGUCCCUGUAAAGAAAAACUCUGUCCCACAACUUCCUCACAUUGGUAACAUUGGACAGGACAACAGAAAUGGACAACCUGCUUUCAACGCAACAAGACCAGCAGGACUACUUCUUGAAGAUGACGAGUUUUUUCCAGGGGAUCUAGGUGUGAGUCAACAACCACAGGAUGAAUAUGCUAAAAAAUCUAGGUUAUCCAAGAGCUUGAUGGAAGUAUUGAAGGAUCACGAAGCUAUUGCCUAUUUCAUUCAAUACAUGGACUCCUGUAAAGCAUCUGCAAUACUCAGAUUUUGGCUGGAUGCUGAAAGUUUUCAAGCUUCCACAUGGACCCGGAUCAGGACUCAUUCUUUGCAAUCAGUCAGUAAAAGCUCGUUAAUUAAAGCUAAGAAAAAUUUAUCAUCGGAAUCAUUGACACAGUCUAUAAAUAAAGAUAUAACCAGUCCGGUCUCAGGAGCCAGUCUAGAUAUGAUUGACCCUGAGGCUGAAGGACCGUCUUCAAGUGCAUUAAAUUCAAAUUUAAAACAAACAAAAACAACAGAGUACACAGAUACAGAUGGAGUCAAAGCAAAACAGUUUAACGAUGAUACCAGUGAUUUAACAGAGAAUGUUAUUCCAAGUGAUGUUAGUGACGAUACAGAAGGAAAAUUAAAAGAUUGUGAUUCACGAGUACGGGAAAAGUGUAAACACGGAGAAGAAAAGAAUAAAUUAACUCUUCCUUUAGAACCCUGUGAUAGUUCGACUGCUGAUAAGACCACCGAUAGUGCAAUAUCCUACAGAGAUAUAACCUCCCCCAGUCCAACCAGCCAAGGGGCGUGUGAUAGUCAAUCUAGUGCAAAAUCUAAUAUUUCUACCAGUGGUAACUUGGCAGAUAAAUUAAAGAAAAGUGUAGAGCAGGAUGCUGUACGAAUAUUUACAAAAUAUCUCGCUCAGGAAGCAACUCAUCCUAUCGGAAUAACGGAUGAUCUCAGGAAUGAUACAAUAAGAAAGAUAUGUAGAGAAGAUGGCCAGGUUGAUCCAGAAUGUUUUGUUGACUGCCAAAAUUUUGCUGUAAACCAAAUAGAACAGAGAUAUUUUGAAGGAUUUGCUGCCAGUGUAUACCAUUGUAAAUAUCAGGUAGAAGUUUUAACUGGUGGUAAACUACAUUUAACUGAUAUACUCUACAAUGAUACUGCUUUGUUCUACUUUAUGGAGUACAUGGAACAGGAAGGGCUUAGUCAUCUACUACAGUUUGUUAUAGCUGCAGAUAAUUUUGAACAUUUAUUGAUCUCCCAAAGUAAUUAUGAUGGUCUGCAAGCUCAAGAUGAUGCCAUGGUGCUUUAUGAUAAAUAUUUUUCCUUACAAGCUGCUUCACCUCUUGGUUUUCCUGAUACUAUAAGGUUUGAGAUAGAAGGUAAUAUUUGUAGAGAAGGUGGACCGUUACCAGAUUGUUUCUCAAAACCCAGAAAAAUUGUUCUACACACUAUACAAAGGCGUCAUUUACAGCAUUACCUGACAAGUGAUGUGUAUUAUAAGUACCUAUCUGAGCUGGUCUCAGCGGUACAAACUGCACAAGAUUUCCCGAUCGGUCAACGAAAACGAAGAGGUAGUGAAACCUCAUCAGAACAUAGUGUAGGGACACACAGUGUAGGUAGUGAGAGUGUCAGGUCCAGAAACACCCUGCUGGCCACAGGAAACAGCCGCAAUGUUCAGCUUCACAAGCUUGAUGAAAACAUGAAAAAUAUGACCCUUGAUCCAGGCUUUCUUAAUCCUGAUAAACUCUGGGAAAGACCUGAAGCCGGAAGAAUGAGUUUAGGUCAGAUAGAUGAUCUUGGUCAGUUUGUAUCCAGGUUCGAUCCUGAUCCAGAUUUGACAUCAUUAAAUAGGAAGAAAUCUUCGUCCAGUUCGAAAUUCUUCAAAAGUAAAAAAGAAAAGGAGAAGGAACAAGAGGAGAUGGCAAGGAAGGUGGCAGAAAUGAUUUUAAAAGAUGUGACAUCAGUAACGCAAGCUGUCGGUGCAAUAAAGAAAAGCAAAGAUGAUACUUGAUUUCAGCAAUAAUACAUUGGUUCAUCAACUCUAGUCUGUGAUAGAAGUGGUACAGUGGUGGAGAGAAGAGAUUACAGUAGUCAAGUAGUUAAAAAAGAAAUAUUUUUCUAUAUGUUUAUACAUUUACUGUAUUAUAAAAUAUAUAUUUUAAACUUUUUUUGCAUAUUUUUUUUAAGAGCUUCAUCAUGGUGCCAAAGUUACUCUGUUUAGACGUUAGCCUGCUAGUGGCAGCUAAAUUAACCCCAUGCAACCAGUGCAGACCAAGAUUAGCUGGCAAAUAUGUGCUGUUUGAUCAUGGUCUGCACUGUUCCAUAUUUUAGUUAAUUGCAUACUUUAAAUUUCCCCCAGAAAAUGAUAAAUGAUAAUGUCAAGAUUGAGAGAUACAUUUCCAUUUAAAAGAUUAAGUGUGGUAAAUAUUAGACAGAUUUGUAGAAUUUUGUUACAAACAAAAAAGAAUUGCUUGUUAUUAAUUAUGCCUUAUUUUUGUAGAACUUAUUAGUAAUCAAUUAGGGAAAAAUAAUUGUUAUGCCUAAAUUAUUUGUCUUUGUCAUCCGACUAUGUGUUUGCCUCGUAAUUCUUGUAGAAGAAAUUGAGAAAUAUGGGAGUUAUUUGUAGCAAUUUUAUCCGGUUUUACUAUGCAAAACUGGCGAUAUAAAUUUUGUAAGCAAACUCUUCUGUGCUGAAUUUUAACUUUUAAAAAUGUUUAUCCAAACUUUUGCAGAAUAAUUUUCUUAAAGUGCCUCAAUGUAAACCUUCAAGACUUUGUGAUUUAAUUGUUUUUGCAAACUAAUGGCCCUUUGUUGAUAUUUCCACUUAUAUAAAUUUUAGCGGAAAAAAUUAGUUUUUGACAGUUACCCGUCACUUGUUUGUUUGAUAAAAUUUGAAAUUAGUGUCUUAAAAAUCAAAGAUUUAAAUUGAAUACAAAUAUAACAUGCGUUCUUAAUUUUUUCAUGAUUUUAUAGAUAUAUUUUCUCUGUCCAUGUUCAUUACAGUAUUUUUUUAAACAUAAAUAGCUCUAUUUGCUUAAGUUCUUUAAUUCAAUUCUAUUAUCCUAUAUUAAUUGAAGUCUAUUACACAAAUUUUUAAGUAAAUUGGUUUUUUUUUUUGUAUUAUUGGAAUUUUGUGUUAUUUAAUUCAGUAGUUUUUGUUGAUAGAUAUAUGUAAACAGUUUUUGUUAUUGUUAAAUUUACACUUAUUUUUAGCACAAUUGUGUGGACAACAUGCAAUGUUUUCACAUUAUAUACUCAAAUAAGUCCUCCAGCAGGGUCCGAGGUUAUGAAGAAUUUCUCAAGACUCUAACUCAGAUCUCAAGAUUUGAUUGGUCGAAAACUGCUACAAAAUAUUCUCUGACCAAUGAAAAUCCUGAGAUUUGAGACAGAACUCAGACAAACAGUUGUAAAACUCCGUGGCCAGGUUAGCUGAAUGGGGAUUAAGCAUCAGAUUUGGAAUCCCAGGGUUGCUAGUUGGAUCCUUAUCCCGGGGUUGCUAGUUGGAUUCUUCUAUGGCAGUAAAUCUCCGGCAUUGAGUCCGAUGGUCAAUUAUCCCUAAUUAAGAAAUCAUAUGGGAUUAGUAAUUUAAACACUUGCGGUUAAUUGGUAAUUACUGGAUUUUAUUGGGGCUUAUUCUAUAGCCGAUAUUUGGUCAUAUUCCCAAUUGAAAAUAGCAUAUUAUUUUCCCAAUCAACGGAAAAAUAUUCCCAAUUGAAAAUUAUAAAAUUAAAAAAUUGAAUAACACAUUCUAAACUCAUUGAAAAGAAGGGCUUCUUCACUGUUAUGGUGCUUAAAUGUUUAAAGAUGCCAUCCUAGACAUUGAUUCUUUGCAUUUAUUUAAUCUCUGCAAAAUUUAAGUCAUGCAUUUUUCUUUCAAUUUUUAAUAAAACAUCGCUGAAAUUAAAUUCCCAAUUCCAUGGGUAUGGGUCAUGUUCCCAAAAUGUUGGGAAAAAAACCCUGCCCAGGAAAGCUGGCUAGGCAGAGUGACCCUGAGAUAUGACCAAAAUAAUAUAUGAUAAAAUUGGGGUGCCGGUAAAACCAAUCAACCAAAUCAAACAUACUCAAAUUUAUGUGAUGACCAACUUGUUUCUGUAAUUGUGAUUUGACAUGGCAUUUUCUUUAU